AUGGCCAAAGACAAGAAGAAGGCGGCGGCGGGAGGCAAAGCAGCAGCUAAAGCUGCAAAGGCCGCUAAGCAAGAGAAGAAAGCAGGCAAAAAAGACAAGAAGGUCGCAUCGAAGACACAGGAGAUCGACUCUGAUGCGGAGGAUGUCGACCUGGAUGACAUCUUAGCACAGUACGCGAAAGAGCAGGAACAACACCAUGCGAUAACGGAAAUACCCGCUGAGCCGCCCUCUGCCCGGACUUCGAGCACGCUCAUCGCCAAUCCAGCAAACGAAAAUGAGAUCUUCUUGUUCGGAGGCGAGUACUUCAACGGAGCGACCGCGAAGUUUUUCAAUGAUCUCAUGAUUUACAACAUCAAGCAAGAUUCCUGGAAGCAAGUCACAAGUCCGAACUCACCACUGCCUCGAUCUGGGCAUGCCUGGUGUCGAGCUGCAAACACAAAAGAAAUCUAUCUAUUUGGCGGAGAGUUCAGUUCCCCGAAGCAAGGGACGUUCUAUCACUACAACGACUUCUGGAAGCUUGAUCCGGUGACUAGAGAAUGGACGCGCAUGGAGGGGAAGAGCAAGACAGCCGCUCCGCCAGCGCGAAGCGGACAUCGCAUGGUUGGCUUCAAACAGUACAUUAUCCUGUUUGGCGGUUUCCAAGACACAUCUGCUACGACAAAAUAUCUCAACGAUCUUUGGAUAUACGACUGCGUCAACUUCUCGUGGCAUACACCAAAGCUCCAGGCAGCCCGCGCAGUACCCGACGCGCGAUCGAGUUUUAGUCUGCUGCCACAUGAGCAAGGUGCAGUCAUCUAUGGUGGGUACUCUCGUGUCAAAACCCAAGCUGGUGGCAAGCAACAGCAGCAAGGCAAGGGUAAGAAGAGCAGUGGUGGCGGCCCGGCAUCACGCAUGGUGCUGAAGCCGAAGGUUCACGACGAUACCUGGUUCAUACGUAUCACACCUCCACCUGCUGAUCAGCCAUCCACAACGCUUCCGACUGUAUCGUGGGAGAAGCGAAAGAAACCAGCGAAUGCACCGAACCCGGCGCGCGCGGGUGCAACAAUGGCCUACCAUAAAGGUCGAGGAGUUCUAUUCGGUGGUGUGCACGAUGUGGAGGAAAGUGAGGAGGGUAUUGAUUCCGAGUUCUUCAAUCAGCUUUUUAUCUGGAACGUUGAGCGUAACCGUUACAUGCCACUUACUCUACGUCGACCGAAGCUGAAUGCGAACAAGAAGGCUGCUCAGCAGGCAAACAUCAAUCGCCGAGAUCGUGGCAAGGCCGCAAAGGAGGAACUUUUAGCUAAUCUCAAGGCUCUUGAGAUGAAGGCCGGUGUCUCUUCAGAUGCUGACUCUGAUGACGAAGCUAAGAAAGCUAAAGAGGAAGAGGAAGAGGAAGAAGCGCGUCCCGAGAAGCCGAAGAUUUUUGAAUUCCCACACCCAAGAUUUAACGCCGCACUUACGGUGCAAGCUGAUACGCUCUACAUAUACGGUGGCACGUUCGAGAAAGGCGAUCGCGAGUUCACUUUCGAUGAACUCUGGUCUGUCAAUCUCAAUCAUCUAGACGGCGUAACUGAGAUCUUCAAGCGCGAUCUUGAAGACUGGCAAGGCAGCGAAGACGAAGCCGACUCGGACGAAGAAGACGAGGAUGAUGAGUCUGAAGACGAAGAAGGCGACGAAGACGAUAAGUCUGUAUCGACAGCCCCAACCAGCGUUUUGGAGUCCCCUGCUGUCGCUCCUAUCCAUUCCGAAGAUCUUGGGCCCCAGGAGGAGAUUUCCGCGCUCACCGACACUCUUCCACACCCGCGUCCUUUCGAAUCUUUACGUGACUUCUACGCCCGUACUUCAGAGCAGUGGCAAAAUAUCAUUCUGGAAGAGUUGGAGAAGAAGGGCAAGAUGGCCGAGAAGAGCCCAAAGGAAAUCAAGAAGUUGGGUUUCGAGAGGGCAGAGGAGAAGUGGUGGGAUUGCAGGGAGGAAAUUCGUGCGCUGGAGGAUGAGCAGGAGGCAGCAGGUAUUGGUGAAGUUGUUAGUCUGGCGGACAAGGAGGGUGCAGGAGUGGGAAGGAGAAGGUAG